AUGUCAAAGUUUCCAUGGGAGCGGACAGAGGCGAGCAAGCAGCUGGGGGAGAGAGUGACGCGGCCGGCAGGCCUCCCUGCCAGGCCUUGUCUCUGCUGGGACCUUCAGAGGCCCCUCCGACCUGAAAGCACGCCCGCGGACGCCAUGCGGGGGGUUUUGACGGCCCUGUCUUCGCUGCCACCGCCUCUGCUGCUCCUGUUGCUGCUGCUGGGGUGCGGGCCGAGGGCGGCUGCCAGCGGUGGGGCCGCCGGGGCAGCGGGGUACCCGCCGGUGCAGUACGUGCAGCCCAUGCACAAGGGACCCGUGGGGCCGCCGUUCCGCGAGGGCAAGGGCCAGUACCUGGAAAUGCCUCUCCCACUCUUGCCGAUGGAUCUGAAAGGAGAGCCUGGACCCCCUGGAAAGCCUGGACCACGGGGCCCCCCCGGCCCUCCUGGCUUCCCAGGAAAACCAGGCACCGGAAAACCUGGGCUCCACGGGCAGCCUGGCCCCGCCGGGCCCCCUGGCUUCUCCCGGAUGGGCAAGGCUGGUCCCCCGGGGCUCCCAGGCAAGGUUGGACCUCCAGGGCAGCCGGGGCUUCGGGGGGAGCCAGGGAUACGAGGGGACCAGGGCCUCCGGGGGCCCCCGGGGCCCCCUGGCCUCCCUGGGCCCUCAGGCAUCGCUGUCCCUGGAAAGCCAGGCCCCCAGGGGGUGCCGGGGCCCCCAGGAUUUGGGGGGGAGCCAGGGCCCCAGGGAGAGCCUGGGCCCCCAGGUGAUCGAGGCCUCAAGGGCGAAAAUGGAGUGGGCCAGCCAGGGCUACCUGGAGCCCCAGGGCAGGGGGGUGCCCCAGGGCCCCCGGGUCUCCCUGGUCCAGCUGGUUUAGGCAAACCGGGUUUGGAUGGGCUUCCUGGGGCCCCUGGAGAUAAGGGUGACACUGGGCCUCCUGGGGUGCCAGGACCCAGGGGGGAGCCUGGGGCUCUGGGCCCAAAGGGGCCCCCUGGGGUGGAUGGUGUAGGGGCACCAGGGUUAGCAGGGUUGCCAGGGCCACAGGGCCCACCAGGAGCCAAAGGGGAGCCAGGGACCCGGGGCCCCCCUGGCCUGAUAGGCCCUACUGGUUAUGGGAUGCCAGGCCUGCCAGGUCCCAAGGGGGACAGGGGUCCAGCUGGGGUCCCGGGGCUCUUGGGGGACAGGGGCGAGCCAGGUGAGGAUGGGGAGCCAGGGGAACAGGGCCCACAGGGUCUUGGGGGGCCCCCUGGACUUCCGGGGUCUGCAGGGCUCCCUGGCAGACGUGGGGUCCCUGGGCCUAAGGGGGAGACAGGGCCUAUAGGACCCCCAGGAGUGCCUGGCAUUCGGGGUGACCAAGGGCCUAGUGGCCUGGCUGGGAAACCUGGGCUCCCAGGAGAGAGGGGGCUUCCAGGGUCUCAUGGACCUCCUGGACCGACUGGGCCCAAAGGUGAGCCAGGUUUCAUGGGCCGCCCUGGAGGACCAGGGGUGGCAGGAGCCCUGGGGCAGAAGGGUGACUUGGGGCUCCCUGGACAGCCCGGCCUGAGGGGCCCUUCAGGAAUCCCAGGACUCCAGGGUCCGGCUGGCCCUAUUGGGCCCCAGGGUCUGCCAGGCCUGAAGGGUGAGCCAGGCCUGCCGGGGCCCCCUGGAGAGGGGAAAAUGGGGGAACCUGGUGUGGCUGGGCCAACAGGGCCUCCUGGGGUCCCAGGUUCCCCAGGACUCACGGGCCCUCCUGGGCCUCCUGGCCCCCCCGGCCCCCCCGGAGCCCCGGGGGCCUUCGACGAGACUGGCAUCGCCGGCUUGCACCUGCCCAACGGUGGCGUGGAGGGAGCUGUGCUGGGCAAGGGGGUGAAGCCACAGCUGGGGCUGGGGGAACUGUCGGCCCAUGCCACGCCCGCCUUCACCGCUGUGCUCACCUCGCCCUUCCCCGCCUCGGGCAUGCCCGUCAAGUUUGACCGGACUCUCUACAACGGCCACAGUGGCUACAACCCGGCCACGGGCAUCUUCACCUGCCCCGUGGGCGGGGUCUACUACUUCGCCUACCACGUGCACGUCAAGGGCACCAACGUGUGGGUGGCCCUCUACAAGAACAACGUGCCAGCCACGUACACCUACGACGAGUACAAGAAGGGCUUCCUGGACCAGGCGUCCGGCGGCGCUGUGCUGCGGCUGCGGCCCAACGACCAGGUCUGGGUGCAGAUGCCCUCGGACCAGGCCAACGGCCUCUACUCCACCGAGUACAUCCACUCUUCCUUCUCGGGAUUCUUGCUGUGUCCCACAUAA